AUGGUUUUCGAGUGGAAGAGCGAAGCACAUUUUCACAGGGUUCCUAAACUGGUCCCUGGGCCGCCUAAUGUGUACUUUGACUAUCUCGAAAGACCAGACCCGGCGCCGAAAUAUGAAUAUGACGAGACAGGAGUUGUUAUCAAGGGCGAGCUUCACAUUAGAGAUGAAAAGGGCAAUGAGGCAAAGCUCCUCCCUGGUGAUACUUUCUUUAUUCACCGAGGCAGCACCAUCGUUUUCUCGACCCCGCGGUAUGCAGUCGCUUAUAAGUCGGCAUCGCGACAUAGCCAUUAG